AUACACACACACCCCUUCUUUCUUGGUGAUUAAGCUAAUUUUUAUCAAUUCUAAUGCAAGAAAAAGAACUUAUAUAUUUAUAUAUUUUAUUGUUUAUCAGCUUGUAUCAAUAGUUCAAAAUAACAUGUCUAGGUAGACUAUUAUAUAUUUACUACCCGAGUUAAAUAAUACAACACCUGACCUAAAUUUUUUUUUACUAAUUGUGAUAAAUUAAUAUAGUUUGAUGUAAACGGCGAUGUACGAAUAAAUACUUUUCAUACUUCAUAUUAGAUCUUUUCCACCAUGAAUUAUGAUCAUUCAUCUCCAUGAUUUUUUUUUAUUAUUCAAUAGUGAAUUCCCAAUGCCCAUUCUUAUUAUUUUCCCUUAAUUUUCCUUUGUUUCUUCGUGGCAUAUUUUACAUGGGACCAAAAAUAUGCAUUCGUAGAAAAAGGGAAAACAAUAACUUUGACAUUUAAUGAAAUGGCAUCCUUGCUUUUAUUUUAAUUUUUCUUCCUUUUUCUCUUGUCAUCUCUAAGUGCAUUUCCUUUUUCUACUUAAGUCAUAUUAAAUAAAACUCCUUAAAUUCUCUAUAUACUAUAUGUAUUAUCCAUUCAAUUUAUAAUCUCCUUAAAAAAAUACUACUCAAAAAUGGAAAAACAAUAAAGAAAUCAUGGCCUAGCUAGGAAGGGAAAACAAUAAAGAAAAUAGCCUUUUGUAUCCAUUAUUGUAUGUUUUACCAUUUUAAGAACUCAUUUCUUGAUUGUUUUCUUCAUAUAUAUAAUGAUAAAGCAUGGACAUACGAAAAUUAAAUAUUCAUUGAGUAAACGAAUAUAGAGUUUUUUUCUAAUCAUCAAGAAAAAGAUACAAACUCAAAUAACAAGUCAUGAAGCUAAGCACAUUAAAAGUGCCAACGCCUGUUUGUUUUUGCUUGGUUCUGGCAUUGAUGAUGCUAUUGGUACCUGCUGUACUGAUACCAUUUUGGGUCAAUAGGGUCAAAAGAAUUGAAGGCGAGAUUAAGGUUUAUACAUCAGUCAAUGAACUACAAAGCCAUUUUCACAGAAACAUUAAAUUUGGAUUCAUGUUAAUCAUCUUAAUGAUGAUUGCAUUGGCUAUUUCAAUAUUCAUCUUUGCGAUACUAACAAUAAGAGCAGGAAGAAGAGAAAUGUAUUUGUCUUCUGCACUUAUAAAGCAAAUGGAAGCAACUCAACAAGAAGAAAGGAAAAGUAUGAACAAAAGCACUGCAUUUGCACUUGCAAAUCAUGAUGUUAGAGCUUCUCUUGCUGGAAUCAUUGGAUUAAUCGAGAUGUGUCGCUCCCAGGCUUCACCUGAAUCCGAAUUGGUGAAGAAUUUGAAUCAUAUGGAAUCUUGCACGAACGAUCUUUUAGCCAUAUUGAAUUCUAUUCUUGACCAAAGCAAGAUAGAGCAAGGGAAGAUGCAACUUGAAGAACAAGAAUUCAAUAUGGAAGAGCUACUAGAACAUGUUGUCAACAUCUAUUACCCGAAUGGAGCAAUGAAGAAUGUCGACGUGUUACUAGAUCCGUGUGAUGGUUCUGUCGCUAGAUUCUCUCGCGUUAAAGGCGAUAGGGGAGAAUUAAGACGGAUACUGAGUAACUUGUUGCAUAAUGCAGUUAAGUUCACCUCAGAGGGACAUAUUGCUCUUCGGGCUUGGGCUCGAAAACCUGUUUUUGAUCAAAGCUCCAAUACAAGUAAUUCUAGUAUUGGUUGUAUGUCAUGCUUACAUUUACAGAACGAUGAAUCAUCUGCAGAAUCUCAAGUACUGAAUAGAGUUCAGCAAGAUCCUAAUUGUGUGGAGUUCAUAUUCGAGGUGGACGAUACGGGGAAAGGAAUUCCCAAAGAGAAACAAAAGUCAGUUUUUGAGAAUUAUGUUCAAGUGAAUGAUCAAACAACUUCUGUUCAUGGAUCACAAGCAGGCACUGGCUUAGGGCUCGGUAUUACUCAGUCGUUGGUUCGGUUAAUGGGAGGGGAAAUAGGUAUAGUCGACAAGAAAAUUGGUGAAAAGGGCACCUGCUUUAGAUUUAAUAUUUUCCUCAUAGCAAGUGAUCAGCCUCAUGUUCAAGAACAUAAAUCAAUUAGUAUUAGUUAUGCAGGAGAAGAGGAGGAUAACCUACCUUCGACAGAUAUAGUCAUGGCAAAACCACUACAUGGUUCUCGUUUAUAUCGUGUCCUCGAAUUUGCACCAGAGUCUGAAGGUACAAAUUUACUAACUGUCACACAAGAAAUAAAGGAUGAAACAACUUCAAGAAUGAAGAUUCAGCAACCUCCAAUGAGGUCCAGAAGUCCACCCUUAGAAGCGAAACGACAGGAUGUAUCUGUUGAUGCUAACGGAAGUUCUAGUGAGAACUUACCUUUAACAGGAAAGAAAAUUUUGGUGGUUGAGGAUAAUAGAGUACUACUUAUGAUAUGCAAAACCAAGGUUUCCAAGCUUGGUGCAACCACUGACACAUGCGAAAAUGGUGAAAAAGCUCUAGCUCUUGUCCGCAAAGUCCUUAGUGAUAAACGCAAUAUAGGGCCAUCCACUCCUUCACUACCAUUUGAUUAUAUUCUGAUGGAUUGUCAGAUGCCAGAAAUGGAUGGAUUUGAAGCAACCAAAUGCAUUAGGGAAGAAGAGGCACAUUAUGGAAUUCGAAUUCCCAUCAUAGCUUUAACAGCACAUACAAAGGAAGUGACAGAUAAGAUUUUUCAAGUUGGAAUGGAUUAUUACAUAGAAAAACCCUUCGAUGGUGCUAAGCUUCUGAAAGCCAUAGAUUAUAUAGAGCAUAGAGAAGUUUAAGAGAUCAUAAAAUGUCUCUAUUUCUUGGAGUCGUUAUGUAAGAUAUAAAGUAAGAUUUCUCCGGAAACUCUUGCAAAGGGCUGAGUGUCUUUCUCAUAGUUUUAUGUUGUUUGUUAAGUAUCUUGU